CAGUAGCAUCCGUGGUGGAGUUUCAUUCAUACACAAAGACUCAAAAUAUCAGGUUGUUUUCUAACAAGGCCAUCCAUAUUCGUUUUUUCCUACAUUGAUUGCCGCUUUUUGCGGUUUAUUAGAGCACAAGGAAUAGAAGCCAUACAAUGAAGAAACGUUAUGUGGACGCAAGCAAGCUACGGAAAAUGAAAAAGAUAAAAAUUACGGAGGAGAUAUCUGAAAGCGCUUACACCUUUCUGAAGUUUAUGAUCGUGUGGACUCUGGUGCUCCUGGCAGAUUUUAUACUGGAGUUUCGAUUGGAAUACCUGUGGCCCUGUUGGCUAUUCUUCAGGAGCGUCUACACCACUUUCCACUGCCAUGGGCUGGUGAUUUGUGUGGUGUUUGUGUGUGCGGCGUUCACCCUGGACAUCUUUUGUUUCAUUUUUGUCCCCCUCCACUGGUUGUUCUUCGCAGCCAGCACCUAUGUCUUAUUCAAUUACAUUUGGCACACAGAGAAAGGCAUCUGUAUGUCAACGGUGUCCCUGUGGGUGUCCCUGUGGGUGAUGCUGGUGUACACGGAUGCUUCGUUGAGGCUCAAAGAUCUGAACAACUCCCACGCCAACCUGUCUCAUCUCUUCGCCGCGCACUGCAUUGGCUACCCUGUUGUCUAUCUGGGGUUCGACGCCACAUGUUACUUCACCAGCAUCUUCAAACUGCGGACGCAGAAAGCUGUGCAGAGCGAAAACAACUUCCAUAUGCACCUCCUGGAACAGUCCCUACCUCUGGGCCUGCAGCUUUACCCCAAGAGCAUCACAGACGACAAUGGCAACUCAAAGUGGAGGCCUAAACCUGAGUCCAGUCAGUACCAGUGUCAGAACGGUGCUGUGGCGUCUGACGAGAGACUCACCAUGGACUGCCUCCAGAUCCACAGUGGAGUGGAGCAGGGAGGGACCGAGAGGGGUGUGGAGGCAACAACGCUGGGAGACUCAAAUCCCCAGCCACCCCCGUCCUCCAAACCCAGAGAUCCCCCCACCGACGGUGGAACAGGAGGAAGGUCGACAGGAGGAGGGUCGACUGAGUCUUCGGCCACCACCGAAAAUCUACCUCAGGAGGAGCAAGGCGGCAAAGUCCCCCGUGCUGCCAAAAGCUCAUCCUCCUCCCCCAAAGCACGCAGGAUGUCCCCUGGCGCCGCUAACAUCCCUUCGCCUCCUCCCACUGGCAGGUCUGAAAGGAAGCAGAAGAACGGGUCCAAAACGGUCAGCCCCAAUCGGCACGCCACAGACAAGGGCCCCGUCGCGCCAAAUCCUCACGCUGACCAAAUCACUAAGCUGGAGCAGGAGAUGAGGAGGCUGAAGGGUGAGCUGCAGGCCAGCAGACAAGGUGAGCAGGAGCUGCGCAGCCACGUCUGCAACCUGACCAACAGCGAGCACAGCCUGAGGCCCGAGGUGUCUUUGCUCAGGCAGAACAAUGAUCUGCUCCAGAGCAAGAUCUUGUCUCUGACCAAGACCAAGCAGAAAGACAAGCAGAUCAGCGCCGUGCUAGAGAAGAAGACCAGAGCAGAGACAGAGGCCAGGCUCUCCAUAGAGAAACAGCUGGCCGAACUCCAGGCUCACAAACUAGAGGAGGCGGCCAUCUUAGCCCGUAGUAGUCUACCAAACAGGCAGGAACACUCUGUGACCCUAAUGUUAAGGAAAAAAGAAAAAGAUCUAGAGACAGAGUACAAACAACUACAGCUGGAGAGUCAAGGGAAAGAGGGCCGUCUAAUAGCUCUAGUGAAUGAAGUGGAGGCCUUGGGGAAGUAUCGUUAUGUGGAACAGGAGGAGCAGGAUGUGCUGCUCUCUGCCCUGUCAGCCCUGCAGGACAAGGCUCAGCACCUGGAGUACAACCUGAGCGCAGAGACGCGUAUCAAACUGGACCUGUUCUCAGCCCUGGGAGACACCCGCAGGCAGCUGGAGAUAACACAAGGAAAAGUACUCAAGCAGGAUAAGGAGAUUGGCGAGAUGAAACGCAAGAUCGCCGAGGUCAUGGCUGUCAGUCCUGGCAUGUCCUUCAUGACGCCGCGGCCCGCCGUACCGCAGUACCUCACCAAGUUCCUCAACUCAGAGCGCUAUGUGCUCAACCCACGGGCGCUGAUGUACCAGUGUCUUAAGAAAUAAGAAUCCACCACGACUUGUUGAAAACAUGCGGUAGACCAUCUUAAGCCUUCUCUUGAGCAGGGCUCCGCCUGUGCGGUCACUUGUAACACGUCUAUCUCCUAGAAACGGGAGAGCACCCAAGAGACUUCCUGGUUGUGGCGAUGAUGUCACAGUGCUCAACAACAUUCUCAGUCUCAAGGAUUUGUAUACGGUAGUUCUCACCAAACAUAAACUGUCUGAGAUGAUUACCUUCUCAGUAACAUUCCAGAAAUCAUUGACGAGGUGGGAAACAAAAAAGCCUUUGGCUGCUUCACAGGUGCUUAAUUCACAAAGCAAAUAUUCCUCAGUCUUUCCUCUGAAUAAGUAUUAGAGUUUAGAGGACUUGUGAGAUUACUGACGCCUACGGCGAUGUGUUAAUGUAACAUUGAGCUCCCUUGGCUACAGUAAAUAUGACAUUUCAUAGAUGCUUGUCCGUUUGGACACUGUUGGCUUUUCAAUUCAGAAUCCUGACACAAUGUACCGUGUAAUGUGAUUUGGGUUGAGCAAGAUUAGGUUGGAAGAGAAUUGGGCUGUCUGAGCUCACUCUUAGCAACUCUGUCCUUAUGUCGUUGUUUUCGGUUUCUCUCUCUUAUUCAUUUGCCUUAUAUUGAUGGGCAACGUUUAUUCAAUGCAUGUAUUGCCAGUGGACAAACCCCUGGCCUUGAUUAUAAAACUUUUGGGUCCUUUGGACAGUGUCACUUCAAGUUAAAGGAUGAUCAGGUCGUACCAGACCUGGGUUCAAAUACUAUUUGAAAUCAAUACUUCCUUGAGCUUGUCUGGAACAAUUGAACCAAUAGCUUAGUUGCAAGAGUUCAAACCCAGACCAUCUGGGUUUGAACUCUUCGAGACAGACUAAAGCAAACACUACAGUAUUUCAAAGAUUUCAAAUAGUAUUUGAACCCAGAUGUGGUUGACACCACUGUACCAUUUACCAGUCAUGUUAAGUAAUCUGAAAAUUGAUAUCGUCUAUAAAAGUUGGGCAGCGUUGUGAAUAACAUGGAUAUAACAUGGAAUUUUGUGGACCAAAAAUUGUGUAGCGAUGUGCAAAAUUACCCGUAAAUUGAAUGUGCCUAUACACAUUACUUUCUAAAUAUGAGGUAAAACACUAUUUAAUGUGAGACAGUAAUGUGUUUGAAUUGAAGUGAUAUGUAAUGUUUUUGUAGUCUUUUUUACACACACACACACACACACACAAACACACACACACACACACACACACACACACACACACACACACACACACACACACACACACACACACACACACACACACACACACACACACACACACACACACACACACACACACACACAAAAUGUAAAGAAUUUGAAAACACACCCCGAAUUGUUUUUCAAAUUGAUGAAUACUAAUGAAAUUGAUCUUACCAUUUUUUGGUCUCUUUUUGUUAGAAUUCAUGUUUCCCGUUUUCUAUCGAAACAAUACUUUUUAGGCUUGAUGUACUUUUCACAUGGAAGUUUGCUGCUUUAAUUUAGUAAAUCAAUGUUUCUGUCAGCAUGACACUGGUGUGUGUAAUACAGUACUAGUUGUUUGGGCACAAUGUCAUUGGUGACUAAAGAUUGUGCAGUACAUAAAUAUUAUAGUUCAAGGGCUCCAGCUAUUCUUACUAUUCUGAUGAAACAGUUGAUAAUAAAAAUGUACACAUUAACCA